AUGGCUGAUGUGGCAAGUCUUAGACAAGAGAUCAGAGUGUUCAAGUUCGAAAAUAGAGAGUUGCACAUGUUUGCAAAUAAUUAUUCAACGAGCAUGAAAAGAAAGCUUGACCAGCUGCAGGAAUCCGAAAAUUGGAUUCAAAGUAACCAUCAAAAGUUUGUGGCUUUAUUCCAAAGACACCAAUUGCCUUCGUCUUCUAGAGUUUUACCAAGUACUGGUGCACCAAAUAAUCAACCUCUUCUGCAUCUUCUUCCUGAAGUUAUGCCAAGUACUGAGGCGUCACAUGUUCCAUCUUUAAUGCUUCCCCCUUCUAGGGUUCUAAUUAGUACUGAGGUUUCCAAAUCAGUUUCAGACUUCAGUGUUCAGUCUCAAAUCUCAAUCUCUCCAACACUCCAACCCUUUCUCAAAUUCGCGGCGCCGCUCCUCCGUCCACCUUCUCCGACACGACUCCGGCCAGCCACAAGCAAGCCACACACACAGACAAGCACACGCACCCUGCUACUCAUUCUCUCAGAUGAUGUUGAUCUCGAACGAGUUGCAAAAGAUACCCAUGGUUUUGUUGGUGCAGAUCUUGCCGCUCUCUCCACAGAGGCUGCGCUCCAGUGCAUCCGUGAAAAAAUGGACGUUAUUGACUUGGAAGACGAUACGAUUGAUGCUGAGGUGUUGAAUUCGAUGGCUGUGACGAAUGAACACUUCCAGACCGCACUGUCCUCUACAAAUCCUUCUGCCUUGCGCGAAACUGUUGUGGACGUACCUAAUGUUUCGUGGGAUGCCAUUGGACUGAAUUUUAGCAUUUUUUUCUCUCAAUCUUUUUCCUUUUUUUUUUUUUUGGUUUAAACAGACCAUGGCAUGGAUACUAGAUGAGUACUCAAAAGUUUCAUGGCUACUCACCUGCAGUAGUGACUGGAAAGCCUAUUGAUAUUGGUGGAUCACUAGGAAGAGAUGCAGCAACGGGAAGAGGAGUACUUUUUGCAACAGAGGCAUUACUCAAUGAGUAUGGAAAGAGCGUCUCCGGACAACAGUUUGUUAUACAGGUGGACUUUUACUGAACACAAAAAGUUUAUAUGGUUGAGAUGUUUGAGAAAUUUGGGAUGUCACCUUCUAAAGGCGUUCUCUUUUAUGGACCACCUGGCUGUGGGAAAACCCUUCUCGCCAAGGCAAUUGCCAAUGAAUGCAGUACUCAUCAGUAUCCGGCGCAACAAUGCAGUACUCAUCAGGGUCUGUCGAAUAUUUGCUCGUUCUAUUUCAGUUUUUAUGAACCGUAUAAGCAAUUCUACUUUAGCACAUAACCUCA